GACAUCUACUGUCAAAACAAAAUAACCUCAAAAAAUGUUUUCAAUUCAAAAUUUGAUUAUAUUGAGACUAAAUUAUAGAAAUAUAAAAACAAAAUGGACUUGUAUCGCUUGUAUACGUUCUAAAAGUUCCGCGGAACCCAAAACGAAGACGUAUUCACACACGAUUUUAUUUCCAGCGACUAAAUUUCCGGCUCGAUCUAGCAAUGCCGUUAAAGAAGAAAUUCAGAAGACAGCUCAGUUUUCUGAGCUCUAUAGCUGGCAAAGAGAGCAUUUAUCUGGUCCAGAAUUUGUGCUACAUGAUGGCCCACCAUAUGCCAAUGGAGAUUUGCACAUGGGGCAUGCAGUAAAUAAGAUAAUAAAAGACAUAAACAACCGAAGUCAAGUCUUACAGGGCAACAAGGUCCACUAUGUCCCUGGGUGGGAUUGCCACGGGCUCCCAAUAGAGCUGAAAGCUUUACAAAAAGCCAAAAAAUCCUCCAAAUGCGACAUAUCUUAUCCGGUAGAAAUACGUAACAUAGCUAGGAAAUUCGCUUUAGAAACGGUUGCGAAACAGAAGGCAGCGUUUGAAAGUUGGGGUGUUAUGGCUGAUUGGGAAAGACAGUCUUACUUGACGUUAGAUAAAAGUUACAUAAAGAAGCAGUUACAUCAGUUUUAUACGAUGUACAAGUCCGGUUUAAUUUAUAGAGCUUUGAAACCGGUGUACUGGUCACCGUCUUCUAAAACAGCUUUAGCUGAAGCAGAGCUAGAGUACAACCCGCAGUAUAAAAGCAAGGAGGUGUAUGUGACAUUUCCUAUCCAAAACAUACCACAGGAUAUUCAGGAUAUGAUACCUGGGAAGUCCCUGUCAGCAGUGAUCUGGACCACGACGCCAUGGACUCUGGUCGCCAACCGCGCAGUGUGCUACAGCCCAAAGAUGCAGUACAGCGUGGUCACUUUCGGCGCCAGGCCUGGUCACUUUGUGGUCGCGAGCGGGCUGGUCGAGGCCUUGGAGAGGACACUGGGGAUGGAGAUUAGGAAGGUUGUUGAGUUUGAAGGGUCCCGCCUCUUCGGCGCGACGUACUACAACAAGUUGACGGGCUCCACCCUCCCGUUCCUCGCCGGCGACCACGUGACAGACGACAAGGGUACCGGCCUGGUGCACACCGCGCCUGCGCACGGCCCCGACGACUUCCUCGUCGCUUUGAAGAAUAAUAUGACUGUGGAUUGCAACGUCGACGAGUCCGGCUGCUACACCAACUUGGACCCUGAACUGAACGGACUCCCAGUCCUCAAGGAAGGUCAAGACGUCGUCAUCGGCCGCCUGUCUGACUCCAUAGUACACCAGGGCGUGUAUGUGCACUCGUACCCCCUGGAUUGGCGGACCAAGAAGCCUGUCAUAUUGAGAGCUAGUCAGCAGUGGUUUAUCGAUACUGCUGCUUUGAAAGAUCAGGCUUUGAAAGCUCUAGAAUCAGUGGAGAUCCUCCCUCCGUCGUCCGCCGAGCAGUCUCGCCAGGGCUUCAGGGCGCAGUUGGAGAAACGCCCUUAUUGGUGCAUCUCCAGACAGCGCGCCUGGGGGGUGCCCAUACCCGUGCUAUAUAGGGGAGAAGAUGCUAUUGUUGAUGAACGCAUCAUAGACAAGUUAUGUUCGCUGAUCGAGACGCAAGGCGCCGACGCGUGGUGGACUUGUGACGUUAAGAAGCUGCUGCCGUAUGACGUAGUGGUGGACUAUGACCUGGAGAAUCAAGAGGUUACCAAAGGAAAGGACAUAAUGGACAUCUGGUUGGACUCGGGCGUGUCGUGGCAGACCUUGUGUGGCAAACAGGCGCGGCUGUACUCGGAGGGCGUGGACCAGCUCACGGGCUGGUUUCAGGCCGCGCUGCUCACCUCCCUCGCGAUCACCCGGGAACCUCCUUACCAAUCGAUAUUUGUACACGGGUUCGUGGUGGACGACAAGAAGCGCAAGAUGUCCAAGUCGAUAGGUAACGUGAUCGACCCCUACACCAUCAUCAACGGAGGGAAGGACAAGAAUAACCAGCCAGCGUACGGAAUUGAUACAUUAAGGUGGUGGGUAGCCAGCCACGCGACGCAACACGCGCAGAUCAUCAUCAGCAAGAAACUCCUAGACGACUGUCAAGCCGAAGUCAUCAGGGUCCGGAACAUACUCAAAUAUCUUCUAGGCGUCAUCAGUGAUCUCCAAAAGUCAGAUUUUACCCAAAACCCUGAGUUAAACUACUUUGACGCAUACAUGGUUCACGAAAGUAGACAAUUCUUGUCUCAAAUCGAAGACUGUUAUAACAAUUUUAGAUACAACCAUGUAGCCCAAAAUGCACUCUAUUUCAUAAGCAAUAAAGUUUCAGCUUUGUAUUGUCAUUGCGUAAAAGAUAGGUUAUAUUGUUCAGCUAAAAAUUCUGUAGAAAGAUUGUCAGCCCAGUUAGUAGUUCAUACAUUAUUAGUGUCUUUGUGCAAAGCUUUAGGGCCUAUUUUGCCGCAUUUGAUAGAGGAAGUUUGGCAACACCAUCCAAUGUACGAGAAACCUUUUUAUUUUACACCGGAAUUACCAUUUUUGAGCGCCAAAGUUGACACGAAGAUAAUGGACACGGUUUUGGAUAUCAAGAGAGACAUUUGUGUUUUAGCUAAAAACGAAAAUUUAAAGAAAUUCACUGCAAAUAUUGAAUUAGAUUCGGAAUUAUAUGAAGAAAUAAAUACAUUGAAUUUCCAAGAUGGCGUCAAUGACAGUUGGCUCACUGAAGUUUUAGAGCUGUCAUCUGUCAAACUAAACGUCAAAAUUGGCGGGAAAUGGGAAAUAAAAUUGAAUGAAAGUGAUAGGAACCAGUGUCUAAGGUGCAGGAAGUAUAAUGUUGAAGAAAAUAGUGAUAAGUGUUUGAGAUGUGAAAAGGUUGUUGAAUGUUUAUAAGCGAGAGAUUUACCUGCAUAGUUUACAUUAUUGUUGACUGUUGAAGUUUGUAAGGCGACCUUAUUGCUAAGGUAACACGGUGCAGGUAAGGAGCAUUAUUUAUUAUCUAGGCUGUAGGCUAGGCAUUUAGUUAUUUAUGUUGUUAAUAAAU